ACAUCAUCCGUCUUCUUGCAACUGGAUCUUCCAUCUUGCAUCACCACUUUUCCUUUCUGCUUCCUGAUACCCGCUUGAUACCCCAUCACAGCCUUCGCCAUGCAACAGAAGCGCCUCACUGCUGCCCUGUUGGCCGCCCUGGUCGCGGUGGUCUCUGCCGACUCCGAUGUCACCUCGCUGACCAAGGAUACCUUCAACGACUUCAUCAACGGCAAUGAUCUCGUCCUGGCUGAGUUCUUCGCUCCCUGGUGCGGCCACUGCAAGGCUCUCGCCCCCGAGUAUGAGGAGGCUGCCACCACUCUCAAGGAGAAGAGCAUCAAGCUUGCCAAGGUCGACUGCGUUGAGGAGGCCGACCUCUGCAAGGAUCACGGCGUUGAGGGCUACCCCACCCUCAAGGUCUUCCGUGGCCUCGACAAGGUCACUCCCUACACCGGCCCUCGCAAGGCUGACGGUAUCACCUCCUACAUGGUGAAGCAGUCCCUGCCUGCCGUCUCCGUCCUCACCAAGGACACCCUUGAGGACUUCAAGACCGCUGACAACGUUGUCCUGGUCGCCUACAUUGCCUCCGAUGACAAGGCCUCCAACGAGACCUUCACUGCUAUCGCCAACGAGCUGCGUGAUACCUAUCUCUUCGGUGGUAUCAACGAUGCCGCCGUUGCCAAGGCUGAGGGUGUCGAGUUCCCCUCCAUUGUCCUCUACAAGAACUUCGACGAGGGCAAGAACGUCUUCAGCGAGAAGUUCGACGCUGACGCCAUCCGAUCCUUCGCCAAGGUCGCUGCAACUCCCCUUGUUGGCGAGGUUGGCCCCGAGACCUAUGCCGGAUACAUGUCUGCCGGUAUUCCCCUGGCUUACAUCUUCGCUGAGACCCCUGAGGAGCGUGUUGAGCUCAGCAAGUCUCUGAAGCCCAUCGCCGAGAAGUACAAGGGCAAGAUCAACUUUGCCACCAUUGACGCCAAGAACUUUGGCUCACACGCCGCCAACAUCAACCUCAAGACCGACAAGUUCCCCGCCUUUGCCAUCCACGACAUUGAGAAGAACCUCAAGUUCCCCUUCGACCAGGAGAAGGAGAUCACCGAGAAGGACAUUGCCCAGUUUGUUGACAACUUUUCCGCUGGCAAGAUUGAGCCCAGCAUCAAGUCUGAGCCCAUUCCCGAGACCCAGGAGGGCCCUGUCACCGUUGUCGUUGCCCACACCUACAAGGACAUCGUCCUUGACGACACCAAGGAUGUCCUGAUCGAGUUCUACGCUCCCUGGUGCGGUCACUGCAAGGCUCUUGCUCCCAAGUACGAUGAGCUCGCUAGCCUGUAUGCCAACAGCGAGUUCAAGGACAAGGUUGUCGUUGCCAAGGUCGAUGCCACCAACAACGAUGUCCCUGAUGAGAUCCAGGGAUUCCCCACCAUCAAGCUCUACCCCGCCGGUGACAAGCAGAACCCUGUCACCUACAGCGGUGCCCGCACUGUUGAGGACUUCAUUGAGUUCAUCAAGGAGAACGGCAAGUACAAGGCCUCUGUUGAGGUCCCCGUCGAGACCACUGAGGAGGCCACUCCCGAGGCUACCAAGGAGGCCAAGGCCGACGAGGAUCACGACGAGUUGUAAGAAACCAAAAAAUGGAAAAUGAAAUAACAAAAAACUGUAUAAUUGUGGGAUUUGCUUCUUGACGAAAAAAACGUCGGCGCUGGUUUAUGGACUAUCUAAAUACGUACUAGCAAUUGCAUACUGGCUCUACGCCCAUUUGAAGCAUUGCUUUGAUGAAAGCACUCGAAUUUGAUCACCAAGUUUAAACAAGAUGUUGUGUCUAAUGAGUGCCCAAGUGUUUGCAAUUGUGAAAGUGGCGAGGCUUUUAGUAGAGAAACGUAUGACGGGCUUUUUGCUGCUUUCGUGUGCUAGAUAUUUCGGAGGCUAGAUAGGUACAAUUUACAGGCUUUGUUAGGUUGUUACAAAAGACGACACAAGUAUUGCCAUUAUGCCGUUCGUUUCUGCCCAGUACUCUCCACCAGCGUUGAAGUGCUGGUAUCAUAUCAUCCCUAAUGACAUUGCGCUAUUUGUAUUUUUAUCUUUUCAGGCUUUAUUUUCUCUUCUGCUGGAUCUUCUCCUCGAGAACCUUGACGUGGUUGGUCAGUCGGGUGACGGAGGCUUGGAGAGUGUAAAUAUCCUCGGUAAGCAACUCGUUGGAUGCCUUGUACUCCUGCAGGACAUAGCUGUACACGGAGCCACCGCCAAGGACGCUGCCAAACAAGAAGCCGAAAAGACCUCCUCUGAAGGUGCCCAUGGGCUUCCGCGCGGGCAAAGGCGCAGAGUCGUCCAUACGCCGGGCCGAAGCGUGGAAGCUGCGUGACGACAGCGCACGGCGGGUGCCGCUGGCAAGUAUUCUUGAAGAUGCAGGUGUAAGCAUUGCGGACUGAGUGGCGAGGAGGAGAGGUGCGAGGUUCGCGGCGAGGGACAAUGAGUGUGUUUGAUGGUUGCUGGACCG